CCGUCGCAGUCCCGUUUCUUUCUUUUGUGGCUUGUUCUCGUGUUUCUGUGCCCUGCGUGCGGUGGUGAAAAAUCAAACGUGAUCUCUCGAUUCAGCAAGUGACCAGCCAGCAGAUUCUUUUACAAACACAAAAUGUACGCCCCACAGCAGCCCAUUUUGGUUCUGAGUCAGAACACGAAGCGUGAGAGCGGCCGAAAAGUGCAGCUGGAGAACAUCAAUGCCGGCAAGACGAUUGCGGAUUUGAUCCGAACCUGCUUGGGACCGCAGGCCAUGCUGAAGAUGCUGAUGGACCCGAUGGGCGGAAUUGUGAUGACCAACGACGGAAAUGCUAUUCUGCGGGAAAUCACUGUUCAACACCCGGCCGCCAAGAGUAUGAUCGAGAUUGCUAGGACGCAGGAUGAGGAGGUUGGCGAUGGAACCACCUCGGUAAUUGUUUUGGCCGGAGAGAUGCUGGCGGUGGCAGAGCAGUUCCUGCAGCAGCAAAUUCACCCCACGGUGAUCAUCCGAGCGUACAGAGAAGCCCUGGAAGACAUGAUCAAACUGCUGGAGACGGAUGUCAGCAUUCCGCUGGACAAGGCCGACAAGUCCAAACUGGCCGAGGUGGUUAAAUCUUGCGUCGGAACGAAGUUCAUCGGGCGCUGGUCGGACUUGGCCGUGAAGAUCGCUCUGGAUGCCGUGGAGACGGUUAUGAUGACCGAGAAUGGGCGCACCGAGAUCGACAUCAAGAAGUACGCCAAGGUGGAGAAAAUUCCCGGAGGAUCGAUCGACGAUUCGUGCGUGCUGAAGGGAGUCAUGCUGAACAAGGACGUGACGCAUCCCAAGAUGAGACGAUACAUCGAAAACCCGCGUAUUGUUCUGCUGGAUUGCCCCCUGGAAUACAAGAAGGGCGAGAGUCAGACCAACGUGGAAAUUGUCGGCGAUCAGGAUUUCACCAAGCUGCUGCAAAUCGAGGAAGAGCAUGUGGCCAAAGUUUGCGCGGACAUCAUCGCCGUCAAGCCGGACGUCGUUUUCACCGAGAAGGGUGUUUCCGAUUUGGCUCAGCACUUCCUGUUGAAGGCCGGUAUCACCGCCAUCCGUCGUCUGCGUAAGACCGAUAACAACCGAGUUGCCCGUGCCUGCGGAGCUACCAUUGUGAAUCGCACGGAGGAGCUCACGGAGAAGGAUGUCGGAACCGGUGCCGGACUGUUCGAGAUCAAAAAGCUAGGAGAUGAGUACUUCUGUUUCGUGACUCAGUGCGCCGACCCGAAGGCUUGUACCAUUCUGUUGCGCGGUGCGUCCAAGGAUGUGCUGAACGAAACGGAACGUAAUCUUCAGGAUGCCUUGCACGUCGCCCGGAAUCUGAUGCUGGAACCGAGACUGCUGCCGGGAGGUGGCGCCGUCGAAAUGGCCGUGUCGCAGGCUCUGACCAACAAGCAAAUCCAGGGUCCCUACCGUGCCGUUGCCCAAGCCUUGGAAAUCAUUCCUCGCACGCUGGCGCAGAACUGCGGAGCGAACACGAUCCGUACGCUGACGGCACUCCGAGCCAAGCACGCAUCGCACCCGGCUGGAACCGGUCCGUGCACUUGGGGAAUCGACGGCGAAUCCGGUCAGAUCGUCGACAUGAAGGAGAAGGGCAUCUGGGAACCGCUGUCGGUCAAGCUGCAGGUGUACAAAACCGCCGUGGAGACGGCCAUCCUGCUGCUCCGCAUCGACGACAUCGUGUCCGGAUCGAAGAAGAAGGCGGACGAUGGAACCGGUGCCGGUCCGGCCCAGAUGGCGCAGGGAAUGGAGUAAUCCGCGUAGAGUUUACGUUUCCUAUGUUUAACCCAAGUUUACUUAUAACUAUUGCUACAACUGUCAUUAUAUUCACUCACUCAUAAAAUAGAAUCACAUUUGUUGCGAUGAAUUUCGGAUUCCUCACUUCAUUAUAUAAGUUCCUCCGAUAGGGUUUCGUUCAGAGGAUGCAACGAUAAAUGCCUUGAUUCCGUUUCUUUCGUAAAGCUAAGGACAUCCAAUCCACACUAACACGUUGAGGGAGCGAAAAUGCGCGUUACACCGAUGCUAACAACACAAUGAUCCAGAACAAAGUCAGAGUGCACAGUCAGAUCAGAAUAAGCGUUUGAAUAAACACGACUCUUAUGCUUUAAAGUAA